UGUAAAAAUGUUUCAAUAAUCUAGUGAAGUCACUGCAAUGUUAUCUUUAUUCACCGAAGCUCCUCGCUUCCUGGUUCCUGGUGGCGGCAUAGGCCCUUCGAGCGUUGGUGGAUCAAAUGCCGCUGGAAUGGAUUCCGUGUGCUGUCCGUCGCGACGCAGCGCUUGGGUCCGUGAGUAUCGUGAUCUGCAGGCAAAUGUUAUGUCCGUCGAUUGGACAGGGUCCUGGAUCUUGCUGGCUGGACGGCGUCAGCUGGCAUUGCAAUCGAUAAAAGAUUACGAAAUGCACGAUUCUCCGGUGAUGUUGAGUAGAGACGAUGGCAAUGGAGGCAGUCCCGGGGGACUGAGUAAAUUUCCUCGGCCGUGGAAAUAUGAAGUUUCGGCAGCUGAAUGGGCUAUCUGCAAGGAAAGCCAGGAGUACUGCGCUAUCGCAACGAGUCAGACAAUUGAGGUGCUGACAUGGGAAUCGGGACAGCCAACAAUUAAGCAUUCUCUGAGGGCACAUACCCGGAUGAUAACGGACAUUGAUUGGCACUCGAAGAUACCGCAUCUGCUGGCGAGUUGCUCGAUUGAUACGUUCACGCAUUUGUGGGAUUUGCGGGAUCCGAGGAAGCCGGUGCUGUCGUUGAAUGCGGUUUGCAUGUCCGGGGCAAGUCAGGUCGGAUUCAAUAGGGUAUCGGGAAAUUUGGUUGCGACUGCGCAUGAUGGUGAUUUGAGGAUUUGGGACCAGCGAAAAGGGUCGUGUCCGAUUCAGUACAUAACGGCCCAUUUGUCUAGGAUUCAUGGUAUCAAUUGGAGUCACGAUCACGAAACUAGUCUGUCGACGGCUAGUCAGGAUGGGACCGUAAAAUAUUUUGAUAUAAAUAAUCCGAGAAGGGCUGAGAAAAUUAUUACGACGUCUUGUCCGGUUUGGAGAGCCCGCUACACGCCAUUCGCGGACGGAUUGGUGACGAUUAGCGUUCCGCAUCAGGGAAGAGGUGAGCACAGUUUGUUGAUGUGGAACAACUCUAGACAGGACGCUCCCAUCUGUUCGCUAACCGGUCAUACGGAUGUUGUGCUGGAUUUUGCUUGGAGACGAACGAGCUUGGAUGGAACGGAUCCAGAACUGAUCACGUGGUCACGGGAUCAAACUAUGCGCAUUUGGAGAGUAGAUGAAGAAAUUCGAAAACUCUGCGAACGCUACCCAAUGGAGGAGGACGAUGGGCUGAUCAUUGAGGAGGGUGGAAGUCUAUCGCGAGUCAAUUCGGGAAAUAAUUUGAAAAGCCCCACACGAGAGAAGCAACCUUCCGUUUCAUUGCAACAUGAGUUUUCUCUGCUCAAUCCAAAUAUUCCGCACAUUGACAUCGAAGUCCUGGAUCCAGUGAAAAGAACUGCAACGGUGCGAAUUUCCGUCAACGGGUAUGUCAUCAUGCUUCAAAUAAACUUUCCACCGCAAUACCCGAACAAUGGUUUCGGUCCGGAAUUCACCUACUGCCAGGGAACUUCCAUAGACGAUAGUCUUUCGGUGACUCUUAUGAGGGUCCUCCGUGCGACUGCUAGUCAGCGUGUGAAAAAGGGACGACCCUGUCUCGAGCAAUGCCUUCGGGCGUUGGUGACUCAGCUGAAGAAAUCCUCCAGCAAUGGAGACAAACAUCUGCGGUUGCAAUCACCUCGGUUGGAAGGCGCCCUGAGCAGUGCCCUGCACGAUGCCUGCAUUCCCUUUCCGAAGACUUCCGGUGCACGGUUCAGUCAAGUUGGAAUACUGGUAACCUUCUCGAGACCAUUGAAUACCAAGAGGAUCAGCCUGAAGCACCAGAAUACGACGCCGAGGGCACUGUCUGCGCUCAGUGGUGGCUAUUUGGGAAACGUGAUGGGAUCACAGCCGAUUUUGUACGCCCAUCGGGAUCCUAGUGCGUCGUCGUUCUAUGUUUACGAUAGGCAAAAAUCAUCACGCAAUCGAGGGACACAGCCGAAAGUUUGCGUCGCCACGGUCAACGUUUACGAUGUAUCGAAAAUUUUAUACGUAAGUAAAGAACUGGCCGAGAAUUACAUCGUCAAUACAACGAAUGUGGCAGAAAUGUGCCGCCACAACAAGGAAGUUGCCGAAAAGUACGGCCGACCGGAUCUGGUGCAGUGUUGGUCUCUGGCCGAAAUGAUCGCUCAACCCAACACCGAUUUCGAUGCGGACGACGACAUGCUGUGCUCGCAGAAUCCUUUCGCUAAGAGUCUACUCGAAUCGCUAAUAAACCACUUUGCCAAAAUCUACGACAUCCAAACGGCAGCGAUGUUGUGCUGCGCAUUCGGACGGCACUGUCCAUCGCUGUACGAACUUUCUCGUAGUUCCAGUUCCAGCAGUAAAUCCGUCAAUCAGAGCCACUUUCUUAGUGGUCUGCGCAAAAUCAAGCCAAGUGGAUCGCCGUACCAUACAAUUCUGCCGGUGGACAGUGCUAAUUCCAACAACGUCUGGAACUUGGCUCAGCAGUUGAAACACUUGCGGAGCAAUUCGUGGUCGGAUUCGUUGGACGAUUGUCGCAUAGCCGGCCUAGGGGACAUCAACCGUAGUCUGUUGGGCGAUAGCAAUCGUUAUAUCUAUGAUAACUUCAAGCGUGCCUACGCGGAAAUGUUGUACCGCUGGGGAUUGCUGGUCACUCGCACAAAAAUCCUAAAGUAUCUGUCUAGCUAUGUGGAUCCACCGCGGUGCGUGGAGUUCGUAACGGAGUGUCCUCUGUGCUGCCGGAUCGGAUCGCCAGCUUGUUCCACUUGCAAAAAGCCAGUGCUAUAUUGUACACUUUGUAGGCUUCCGGUGCGAGGGGCUGCCAACGCGUGCCUUCACUGCGGCCACGGUGGUCACACCGAGCACAUGCGAAUAUGGUUCGACAAAUACGACGAAUGUGCCACCGGGUGCGGGUGCCAUUGUUUGCAGAAAAGUUCAGCGUUGUGCAACCUGAAUUGAGUUAUGUUUGUGAGAUCUUUUUGAAUACAUUAGUUAUACGAUUAA